UUGAAAAUGGAAAGAGUGAAGAAAGAGCAUCUCCGAGAGCAAUUAAAGCAACUCGCGGAAUGCGACGAGAUCGUCUCUUCGGAGACCGUGCAAGCUAUCGGUCAGGUGACGGACGUUGUUCGCGGUGCCGAUGACAAUGCGCCGAGCAGCGAUGAACUCGACGAAGAUCUCGAGGAGCAGUACAAAGAUUUAAAUUUCUACCUCGAACUGCCGAACGAUACGUACUCUUUAACUGAAAUCAGGCCUGAACUCCCGACAUGCGUUCGAUACGGCGUGCGCGCGGGUUUAACACAUAUAAAUAUGCCACAGUUUUCACCAUUAUCCAAAGGUCAUCAGGGUGGUGCGUCAGCGAUCGCCGCAUUUGCGGCCACAACCGUUUACAAGUCCCAUUGCUGGAACGAGGCGGUCAUCGAUCAGAUCAUCGAGGACGGCGACACGUUCUACUGCGAAUCAUACAAGGACAUACACACCGACGAUCGACGACUGCUGUCGAUCCUCGACUUAAAGAGAACGCUGUGCGUUCAGAAUAGGCUGACAGUGAACGUCAGCAUCCAAGAGGCGGCUUACGCUGGAAAAUUUCGUUCCACCGAGCCCACAGAGUUGCAUCUGGUGAAAGCGCUUGAUUUAUUUUUCAAACGUCACAGAGCCGGAAUCUUGUGCUCGUCCGUGUUGAACAUAGCAAUUUGGAGAGACUCGAAGUAUUACAAUCUGUUCGAUGGUCAAGCGAGACAGGAGAACUGUGAACCGGCACCCGACAAAAUGAGUGGAACGUCGAAGUUGUUUUUGGUCAAAGAUUUAAUUGGCCUCCUUUUCAUUAUCCUCGAGAAGAGCAAUGUGAAGAAUGAGCCGUUCUGUCUUUACGCCAUAGAGAUCAGUGGCGUCGACCAUUAUACCCAAUCAGUCGACGCUGAGAAAGCGGAGAAGCCACAUAAGAUACCACAAAGAAGGCCGAGCGGUUACAAAAUGCAGGCAAAGUACCGAGCAGUCGUGCAGGGUUCUUAUCACAUAACGCACCCAGCAAUCCCGGCGCCUCUUCGCGGUCGAACCUACAUGAUCAUAGCUCUAGCAGCGCUGGUAUAUUCCCGGCUAGUAAACGCGAAUAAAUGGACCAGUGCCCUAAUCGACUUAAUUUUCAAUCAAUCUAAUAUAUACUUCGUCGACUUGGUUCGCGUGCUCGAUAAAGACUUGAAAGACGAAGAAUUCGAGCUCCGUUUGGACGACGUUAUGGGCGACAUCAUCCUCGGCGCUUAUUCUGCUAAAAUAAAAAUUCGCACGAACGUCGUACCUGGCUACGGGCAGAAAAAGGGUAAACUUAGCAUCGACGAUGGUAUUCGCGAGUUCUUCGAUACUCAACAAUGCGGUUUAUUGGAAAUAAAAAAUUUCUAUUACGCGAUUUGGAGGCACGACGAUACGUAUUAUUUCAUGGACCCUUACGCUUGCGACGACGAGGGAUUUAGGAGCGGUAUGGCUGAACUGGAUGGGUACGAGAAGGCAGGCGAAGCUGCUUGCGUGACGAUGAACAGUUCGAUCAAUCAAGUGAUGGAGACCAUUAUGGAGAACACGGGAAGCAGGGACAGAGAUCCGUUUGUGAUCCACGGAAUCAGGGUUUUAUACGUGAAAACCGGAACCACACCUGGCGGACCUUUGGAGAAGGUGAUCUAUCGCGAGAAGGGUACAAAUCGUAGACCGCAGGCACCGACGGUGCCGGCUGUAACGGAGAAGGAUCUGAAACAGCAGCAAGAGAUGGUCGACAUGACGCCGAAGAUACGAGCCGACAUGGAUAAGAUGAGAGACGUGGAGGUUCAAGUGCCGGACAUGCUUAGAGGUGCACAAAAUUUUAUGAUGACAGAGGACGAGCCGGUGACAUACGUGAUCGUGCCACCUGCAGAACCAAUAGAAGAACCGGAAGCUGGAGGCGAAGGAGAGGAAGAGGAGGAAGAGGAGGAGGAAGAAGAAGUUGCAGAAGAAGAAGAAUACGUAAAACCUGAAGAAGAGAAGGAACCGGUUGAGGAGCCAGUCGUGAGAAUUGUCAGGGGUUACAAAGUUGUAAACCCUAAUCGGUUAUUAAUUCGUGGCUCGAAGAACUGUUUGGACGAAGCUUUCGACGAACAUUCGAGAGGGAAGCAGGGAUUGAUCGCUGCCCUAUCGGCCAUUGCUUAUAGAAAACUGAAAGAUCCUACGAAGUGGAGAAACAUGGACAUCGAUCAACUGAUCGACGUGAGCAACACGAUCUAUGAAGACGUUGUAGACUGGAUAAGAAAAGGGCGACCUGCUAUAUUGGAACCAAAGGAAGAGAUGUUAGGCGAGGCGGAGGAAGAGGAGGAAGAGGAGGAGGAACUCGAAGGGGAAGGCGAGGAAGAGGAAAAAUUGCUGCCUAGGCCGAGUCACUUGGAUUUAACGAUGCUACCAGUGAGAUUGAAAAUGGGAGAAAAUGACGUGUUCUAUAAGACGAAGAUGAAACUUAUUCAGGGUGAGGCGAUGCCACUUGCAAAUCUCGCCGAGGCUCUGGAAUGUUACUUCAAACGAUACUCGGAAUUGGUGCUGGAGAACAAGAGACUAAUGUAUGGUAUUUGGAAGAGCGGUACGAUUUAUUGCAUGUUCAAUCCGUAUGGAAGCGACGAGGAGGGUUGGCGUAUUCGAGACAAUCCAGCAUCGUUCGCGGUGGUAGGGAACUUGAACGAACUGACUGAUCUUCUUUAUGGUGUGAUGGAAUUCAACGACCCUUCGUUCAUAAUUCAUUUUGUGGCACUGGAUUCGAUUCAACCCGGUUUGUUCGCCACCGAGGAAGAGAUAGAACUGCCCGACGAGACUGCGAUCGAACAGUUCAAGACGAGAUUCUUACCGAUUACGGACGAUGACCUGGAUAGAUUGGAGGCCGAGCUACUGGCAGCAGAGAAGGAAGAGGAAGAGGUAGAUGCCGCGGAUAUCGUAGAUAUAGGCGAGGAAGAAGAAGAGGAGGAGGAAGAGGAGGAAAAACGUAAACCCGGUGUGGUGGACGAGGAAGAAGAGAAGCCGAUAAUCGAUCCUCUGCUCGAGGUCGAAGAACAAGAUCAACCUGACGCACCCUAUCGUUUGAAUCUGAUUUUAUUGACGUCCAACAUGAAAAUCUUUGAUGAAAACGAAGAGACCAUCGAUCAGGUGCAUGAACAAAUAGCGUUGGAAAAAUUGAAAUACGAUCAUCCUCCUCCGUACGUGAUGCCUUCUGGUAAAACAUUGGCAAAACUGCUGGAAGCGAAACGAGCCAAGAGAUCCAUUCCUUCGUUGGUGUCGAGGUUCUCCAUUGAUUCUAGAUUAGACGUGAAGAAGAAAGGUGGACUUUCUACGAUAUUAAUGGCUAGAUCGACGAUAAUGAUGCCGGGAGGCAUCGUCGAUGAGGAUAGUAAACCUUCGAAGAUGAUCAAACUCUCGCCGAAGAGAUACCUGUACUCUCGAAUUCUGCCGAUUUGUUUGAUGCCCAUGCGAGCUAUUAACGAUAUAUAUAUUCAGGAUGACGAUAUUACCAAAGCAAUGCAGGACGAAGAGGAGCAAAUAUUGGAGCAAGAGAGGAUAAGAGCUAAGGACUUUAUUCGCGACGACGUGCCGGAGGUACCUAUUGGAAUUCGCAUACGGCCGAUGUUGAUACCACUUGGGCCGAUCAUAAGAACGCCAAUCCCAGAAAAGAAGGUAAUCACCUGCAUGGAGAAGAAGAAACGGAAAUGCCUAUUGUCCAGAGCUGACGAAGGAGAUGCUUUCAUGGAGAAGAUUCUGUGCAACACAGAGGAUCUGUUGUUGGAACUGCUCUUCCCUGAUUACAAGGCUAAAGAUCAGACUCAUCACGAACUCAGGGAAAGUGAGUCUAAGACAAAGAGCAUUAAAGCAUCCGAGGUGGGCUCUGAAACUACCACGACUAUUAGAAAAACUAGUGCUCCCCAUAAGAAGAAACCAGUUCAAGAUGUUUAUGGUUUGAAACUCGUGAAAGAGGAGGGAAUCCGAGUACUCUUUGGUAACAUAUGCCUUGAGAACCGUGCCGAGAAAGAGAUCUGUCAUUUUAAAUCUUGCUUUUUCACUGCCUUGCUUUGCAUCUUGACGAAGAUCAAGCUGGACCCAGAUCAGUUCAGCGCGAGCAUCUUAGAUCAAUUAAUUUUCCUCGGCGACAAGAUCUAUCAACAAACCGGGAAACUUCGAUAUAAACCGUAUCGAUGGUUCCACCACAUUGAGAUAGUCGACACGCUUUACAACGUGAUCACCAGGCAAACUGUAUACGCGGAUCCGGAAAACUGCGACGACGACGAGUUGGAAUUUGUGUUGGACAAUUUCUUUGAGAAGCACAAAACCGGGAUCAUCGUUUUCUUGAACUGCUCGUACGCGCUUUGGACAGCGAACGACAGAUUUUAUUUGUUCGAUCCCUACGCCUGCGAUGACAAAGGAAACGCGACGGAAGGUGGUUAUUCCUGUUUCAUGGAGUUCUGCGAUCAGAACGCGAUGAUCGAGAAGAUCGAGAACAACGUCGGGGAAAAUGUGAAGAAACCGUAUCGGAUUUACACGGUGUGCAUAGCUCAUAUGGAGACGAGAAAACGUAAGAAGAAGCGUAAGAAAAAGAGAAAGACGCGUGGAUGCGUGGAGAAGCCAGAAGAAGAGGUCCGGGUGGAGGAUCACGCGCCAGAAGUAGAAUCGUCUACUGAGUCGGAGGCGUCGCUGAUCGAACAGGCUGAUUGGGUGAAGCUAGAGUCGAAAACUAGUCUCGUGUACGACAUGUCGAUUCCCGGAUUCGCUCCUAUCGAAAAUUGUAACGCCUCGAUGUUUGACGUGAUCGUUCUGGAGAACGAGAUCACCAGACCGAUCCUGGCACCCUUCAAGAAAUCGUCUUUGAGGGAAUCCGAGCAAGUAGACGACGAAUAUCAGGCGGUGAGGCUGUUAGUCAGGAGACCUAUUUACGACAGGAAAUUCAAACCUCACUCGGCGGUCACUACUCCGUUAGAUCUUUGUAUCAUGGCCUGGUCGUUAAUCCACGAUCCGAUCACCUGGUCAGUCAGAACGGUCCGAGGAUUGUUCGACGCCGCGCUUGAUUACGCUUUUGACAGCGUAUUGGCCACAGAGGAUUCGACGGUCAGCGAAAUGACCGACGGCUUACUACAUGAAUUCGAAAUAGCCAAUUACACGUUCCGAGUCGUGUUCGUACCUUUGCAUUACGGAACCCUUUAUACCAUUCAAGGUUGGAACCUUUCUAUGUCCUUGCAAAAGGUAUUCGAGACGCCCAGCUAUACAGGCGCGAUUAUAGUUUGCGGGGACAUUCACAUCGGUGUCUUAAAGAAAGAUGAGAAUCACUUUGCUUGGUGGACGGUCAGGCGAACGAAGAAUUUGCGUAUCAUUACCUCGAUCGAUUUAAAGGAAUUUUUGAAACUUCUCGUUAGGGAAAUUGAUCAACCGGACGAAACAGUUUUUAUGAUGAGAGUCAUUACUGUGUCUUAUGCGCAGAAAGUCGACCCUGACUGUAGUGACACGAAGGGAUUGCACGAACCAGUAGUGCCAGCCACUUCGUUGGCAGAGAUUCAUAGAAUGACUACAAAACCGUACGAUCUCGAAGCGAUCUUUAGGAACACGGUACCCGAGUCGCAUAAGCCGAUCUACAUACUCGGAACAGUUGGCUUAACUAACAGAGACACGAUCACUGAACCGAAAGUCAAGCGAUGUUACUUCGUAGCCGUUUUAGCAGUAAUGGUAAAGAGAGAUAUUAUUCAAAGUCCGAUGCCAGGAAUGAUAGACAAGGUAUUAGAAGUAGCUGAAGCAGUUUAUAGAGAAUUCGCAGAGCCGAAGUUCCAUUUAGAACAUAUUUUGCGUAACGUUACGGUGAUGAACAGAAUAUUCGAUUUUCGUGAUUGCGCGUCUCCUUUGGUGACGCUCACCGUUAAUCCUAGAACUAUGAGAAACGAUUUUUAUCUGCAAGUAAGAAAGCAUGUGAAGAAGUUCUUCAAAACGAACACAAGCGGCAUUCUGCAUUUCUCUAAUUGCUGUUAUGGUUUCUGGUAUUCGAGAGCCACCAACGCGUAUUAUUAUUUGGAUCCUUAUCAGUGCAACGAGAAAGGAAGGAAAGUCGCGAGCGGUGGGAAGGCUUGUCUUUGUAUAUUCCCUAGUGUUUGUCAAAUGGUGAGACACAUGUGUCUCAAUCAAUUCGAGGAUACCUCAGGCUUCUUUAUUCAUCAGCUCCACGUGGACUCGGUGAACGUGCCAGCGUUUACAACAUUCAAGGAGGAUCCUAUGUGGUUGUAUUUGGAUUAUCACUGGAACUUCAGGCACGCGCCAGAUAUCGUGAAGACGGGCACCAAGAAGAAGAAAGACGAAGAGAAAGAUGAAAACGUGAAACAAUUCUGGAAUAAUUACGCCGUCGAAGUGUCGAAUCUCAUUUACUCAGUUUGGGGCACUAUUGGAUCGUACGAUUCUCGAUUUGGCGAUCGAGCUGGGAAAAAUCAGGCGGCUAUCUGCGUGGCUGUACUGGCGAUGCAGUAUCUCAGUCACCCAUCGAGAUGGGGACCAGCUAUUUUAGACUCAGCGGUAAUUUGCGGUGAUUCUUAUUACACGGAAAGCUUACGAAGUUCCAUACAAAAAUGUUCGAAACAUUACAACAAGUUCAACUUGCAAUUGUGCUUCAAGAUCUUCCCCCAUUUGUGGACGAUAGAUUUCAAAGAGCCUAUUUGCGGUGUCCUGUACGGUGCUCGAAACAGAAUGACUUUUGCGACGGGUUUACUGAAAGCUUUCGAAGAGUCACCGAACGUUAUCAUUGAAUGCAAUAAGAUCACCUUAGCGGCAUUGGCAGCGAAGGACGGAUAUUACAUCGCCGAUCCUUGUUGGGUCGGGCCACCGUUGUUCAACAAAGAUCACGGCGCUAUCUACGUCCUGCGUUGCAGGAACAUGAACACUUUGGUCUACGCCGUGAUCAAGAUGCUGAACACGAAUCAGAGACUCGAUUACCGAUUGACGCCUGUCUCGUUCACGUUCGAGCAAGAAGAUUUCGUCCUGGGAGAAGGAAAGUCGCACGAGGUGAAGAAGAAGGUCCUCCUGGAGCCUCUCAGAACCACUCCAGGGAGAGCUGACGAGUCUGGCGUGUUCAUGCCAGGUGCUCAAGCAGCACCCGAAGGUGGCUCUUAUCUCAUGUAUCGCAAGAAUCUUGCUUUGGGCAUACUGAAAGGCCACGAACUGGAGAAUCCUGAGUUACCUUCUUUCGAGCCGAAGCUGGACGAGACGAACAAGACCAGUGUGCUUAUCAGCACCACGUGGCAUCUGAAUCUAGGACAGGCUGCUCCUCUGGAAAAGACCGAGCCCGUGUUUGAUCCUCAGUUGGUGGAACACGUGCCGAAAGAAUGCGAGCAACGAGUCGUCGACUCGUUCGAGCCUACGCAGUCUGUGCAAAUGUCGAUCACCGACUUGCUGGCAGCAUGCGAUGACUAUCCUAGAGUAAUGGACUUCACCAGCACUCGGCCUCCACCGACGAUGCCGCUUGAAUGCACCACUGCCCCGAGCUUCCUCACGAACGAUGCUCGUAAGCUCUUCCGCGCUCAUGCCGCUGAUAUGGCUAAAGAUGUUUACAAGUCUUACAAACAUCGGCUUCCGAAGAGCGAUAAGAUGUCGAGGGUCGGUAUCAGUAGCGAAUCGGCCGUUGACGUAGGAGAUAUACACACUAUCACGGAAGAAGAAACGGAACCGAAAGAGAACUCGUUAGUUACCGGAGAAGAUGAAACUGAAGGCGACACUUAUACGGAGACGGAGGUCGAGGCUACUGACGAGACUGGUGCGGAAGAUGAUUAAAUAGAUUUUGUGGCAAGAGUAUUACGUGAAACUUUAGCAAAAAUUACAUCUUGAAAUUGAAUAAAAUUUUUUAUCUGUUAAUCUACAAUAUCUGUUCCUUCAGUAUAAGGUUUGUCACUGGGUUUGUUAAAUCUUGUUACUGUUUUUUUUUUAUAGAUGUACGAUGAAAUAUGAUUCUAACUAUAAUAACAGUGUACAUAUUUUUAUGUGAUUUUAAUUAAAUUAAUGAGACAGCUAUUGGUUGAGUUUUAU